AUGGCGCCGUCUAGCGGCGAGGUCUUGUCUCUCCCGGCAACGGCAGCAGAUGCCACUAGCACCGAGUCGUGCAUCAGCACGUUAAACAAACUCGCGGAGUGCAUCGCGGCUGCUAUUGCCGAAGGGAAAAGCGUCACGACCGCCAACAAGCGACUCAUAAGUUCUGCGGCAAAUGAGAUUCGGUGCGUGGCCGCUAAAAUACCCACCUUUUCCGCCCCGCAGGAAAUCUGCGCGACCCAAGACGGAAACCUGCGACAGGAAAUUGCAACAUGCGUGCGCGAGGAGCUUAGCAAGCACCUCGCCACGAUCGCGACACCACUCACUCCCGCACCGUUGCCCAGAAGUUACGCGCAGGCGGCUAGCGCCCCGGCUCCUCGUCCAGUCUCUAAACCACCUCCGCCUAACAAACCUGCUCUCAUCGUUGCGCCGCAGGGCGACAGCACGUCCCAAACACGUCAGGACGUAGUGCAGUCGUUCAAGAACGCAGUCAGUUUCCGCACCACAUCGUACGCACCGUCUAGAAUACAGGCCGUGUCUAAUAAUAAGUUACGAGUGGAGUUCGAGACUGAGCAACAGCGCGAUGAAACACUCAAAAAACUCGAAAAGUCCUCACAAAUCACUGCUGAACCGGCCAAGCUAUUGAGGCCAAUGAUCAUUCUCAAGGGAAUAUCAUUGGACACGCCAUCGGAAGAGCUGGUCGACGUCAUCCGCGGCCAAAAUGAAGAGCUGACUGCCCUCGCAGUUGACAGCGAUGACUUGCGGCUUGCAUUCAAGCGAAACAACCGCAACCCCAAGUUGUACAACGCCGUCCUCAUCGCCAAGCCCGCCAUAUGGCGCAAAAUAAUAGACAUGGGGCGCGUCUGCGUGGACUACCAACGGGUACACGCAGAAGACUUCUCCACAUUCCUCCAAUGCAGGAAAUGCCUGCAGUUCGGUCACAUUAAAGCAAAAUGUACCGCGACACAGGCACCCUGCUCUUACUGCUCGGAAGAGGGGCACAACACCAGCAGCUGCCCUCUGCGCGAGAAGAAAGGCGCACCCAAGUGCUACAACUGCUUGCAGCAUAACACCAAAUUCAAGACUACCCAUGACGUCGGACACAUGGCCACCUCCAACAACUGCCCUCGAUGUAACAUCGAUAGAUCUAAAAAUAGUCUUCACGAAUUCUUCACAUAUUUUUAUAAUGGCCAAUACGACAUCGCCUUGCUGUCCGAGCCCUAUAUAGGCUCUGGCAAAGAGGUGAAGUCGAUCUCUGGAAUUGACAUCUACCAGUACUCGAGAGGGUCUAAUGUAAAGGCGUGCAUUCUCGUUAAGCAGGGGCGCGCUGUGGUUUUGGGGGAGUCCAGUUUAUCGACUGCUAAUCUAUGCGUCAUACAAGUCAAGACCGAUCAUCAAAAGAUGUACCUGGGAUCUGCUUAUGUGGAACCAAAUGACGACACAUCGUCCACGCUAGAGGCCAUCGACUACUUCCUCAAGGCCACAUCGCGUUACAAGUGCAUACUUGGAGGCGACUUCAACGGCUGGCACCCAGCAUGGGGAAGCACCAGAUCAAACCCGAGAGGCAACGACCUAAUGGAAUUAGCCCAAACAAAUGAUAUGUACGUCUGCAACAUUGGCGACACUCCGACAUUCGAGACGGUGACGCACGGGCGCGAUCGAUCGUCUAUCAUAGACGUGACAUUAGCGUCCGGCCAAGCCUUCGACAUGGUCGGGGAGUGGAGGGUCAACCUUGAGUGCUGCGCCACGUCACAGCAUAAUGCCAUAGAGUUUAACAUAAACACAAGAAAACCAAUACCAUCUGGUACAGGCAACACGUCAACUUUUAUGUUCAACACCGAGAAAGCGGACUGGGCAGCAUUCAGGGAUGCCGUGCUGCAAGAAGUAGCACUCUCCGACAUACUCGACAGCGAUAUAAGCAGCCUAAACAAACAAGAACUCGAGGAUCUCAUCAGUCGCAUAACAUCUUUGAUACGAGACUGCUGCAAGGAAACCAUGCCCAUCAGAAGUGGAAAAGCCAAGCAGAAGCCUCCUUGGUGGAGCGAUACACUGCAGCGGCUCAAGGGGGAAGUUAUAAGCCUUCACCGGCAAAUCCACUCGGCAAAACUAUCUGGCCAACCCCUUGAUGCCCUACUUGAGGAGCAGGUCACAAAAAAGAAACAAUAUAGCGAAGAAAUGAAACGCGCAUCUACCGAAAAUUUCCGUAAGUUUUGCGAUCUGCAAACCAAAGAGAACGUCUGGUCCCUCACCAAUCGCCUCCUUAAGGAAACGGCGCCGAGAAGACCUCCCACCACACUAAAAAUAGGAGACAGAUAUACGGCUGAUGCAGAAGAGACUGCAAGCGCCUUGCUCAAGCACUUCUACCCCGAUGACUCUCCGGACCAAACGCCGGAGCAGAGACAGUUGCGCACCCACUUCAACAAUUAUUCCAUGAACACCCCGGAUGAUCUCCCCUUCACGGAGGAAGAGGUGCUUGAGCAACUUAGCUCCAUAAGUCCGAAAAAAGCUCCCGGAUUAGACAAUCUAACAUCAGAUAUUUGCCAUAAGUUCACAAAGAUAUACCCCCGUCUCAUGACAGAUAUUUUAAAUAGAUGUCUCUCACUCCAGUACUUUCCUGGAGCGUGGAAGGAGGCCUACGUAAAGAUCAUUCCCAAACCGGGCAAAGACGACCACAUGGAUCUUAAAUCCUUCCGCCCCAUAGGACUGCUUCCGGUCUUCGGGAAGCUACUGGAGAAACUAUUUAUCAAAAGGGUCGUCCAUAAAGCAGAGUCGGAGAAUAAACUCAACAACAACCAGUUUGGCUUUCGGCAACAGAGAAACACGACGCUAGCCGUUCACACCGCUCUGGACUUCAUCCGCCUCGCAAAAGAGAGUAAAAAACUUGUUAUCGCGGUCUCUUUGGAUAUCAAGGCGGCUUUUGACAAUGCUUGGUGGCCCGCACUCUUCCAACGUCUCGUCAAACUUGGUGUGCCCAAUAACAUCUACGGGCUCAUCAAGGAUUACGUCAGGGAUCGAGUAGUCACUUUGGAUCACGCCGGAGUGCGCGCGCGUAAAACACUCACAAAGGGGUGCAUACAGGGGUCUGCGUGUGGCCCCGUUCUGUGGAACAUGAUCUUAGAUGAACUCCUAGACAUGCAGCUGCCAGCGGGAUGCCACAUGCAGGCCUUUGCGGAUGAUGUUCUCCUCGUAGUCACCGCUGACAAUACUGAAGAACUCCAGGUGGUGUCAAACACCGUCCUGACAAAAAUUAGAAACUGGGGAACAAAUGUUAAACUUAGUUUUGGACCAGCUAAAACACAAAUUAUUGCUUUCACGCCGAAGGCCAAGUCUGUGCAGCUCCACAUGGACGGCGCAGACUUGGCAUUCGUGCCUGAAAUUAAAUUGCUCGGCAUCGUGAUAGACGAAAAGCUCAAAUUCAAGCGACACCUCAAAUACGUGCUGGGUAAGGCUUCGCGUAUCUACAACAAACUGUGCAUUUACGCGAGGCCAACCUGGGGCACACACCCUGAAAAUUCGCGAACCAUCUACUUGCAUGUUAUUGAGCCGAUCAUCACCUACGCUGCGGGAAUAUGGGGCCAAGUGGCAAUGCAAAAGAGUGCACGAAAAGAUCUUGCCAGCCUGCAACGCGGUUUCGCACUAAAGUCCAUUCGCGCCUUCAGGACAGUGUCCACUAAUGCUGCCCUGGCGCUUGCGCAACUCAUUCCACUUGACCUCAGAAUCCUCGAGGUGCAUCAAAUCGAGCAAACGCGCCUUACCAACACCACUCCCUUUUUGCCAGAGGACGUUACGCUAGAGCGGCCCACACCUGCCCGCGAACUACUGCACCCAGCGUUGAGAGUGGGAAAACCUGAUUUAGUCCACGAAAGAACGGACGAUACUCAAGAAAUAUUUACAGACGGAAGCAAACAAGACAGCGGCGCUGUAGGGGCUGCCUUUGUGUGCCUUGACCCAGGUGGGUCAGAACAACCGAUCAUUACUAAAAAAUUCAAACUACACGACUCUUGCACGGUCUUCCAGGCUGAGCUCUUCGCCAUCCUGGAGGCCUGCAAGUGGGCGACUCAAAAAUAUCAAAACACUGUUAUCUACACCGAUUCACAAGCAUCAUUACAAGCCAUAGCAGACAGAAGCAACACACACCCUCUCGUCACACAAAUACAUAAAAUCAUACAUACACACCGCGACACAAAAAACAUCACACUUAAAUGGGUCAAGGCACAUAGGGGCAAUGUCGGCAACGAGGCUGCCGACGCCGCGGCAAAACUGGCGACCCUUCUUCACAAGACGCCGGACUACAGGUCGUUCCCAAUGUCCUUCGUGAAACAUAAGCUCCGCAUGCGUAGCCUGGACCUUUGGCAGGCGCGCUACACGUCCAGCGAACAGGGACAGUACACUAAAAGCAUUUUCCCUACACUAACUGAUAUCAAACACUUCCGAAAACACACAGACAUUCACUUCCACACAACACAAAUACUCACCAACCACGGCUUUCACAAAACAUACUUACACAGAUUCCACAUCACACCAGACGACUGCUGUCCCUGCAACACAAAUACACCCCAGACUGUGACGCACCUGCUGACUGACUGUCCAAGGUUCGCUGCGGAGCGAAUGCGACACGAGGCAUUAUGCGUCUACCAUGAUAUCGCCCCGUAUAGUUUGCCAGAACUACUUAAGAAAGAGGAAGCGCUGGCAAGUUAUACGGAACUCGCGAGCCAAAUUUACUCGAAACUCAAAGCCUACAAUGGCACAUAA